AUGGGCACAUUGCGGGACUUGCAGUACGCUCUGCAGGAGAAGAUUGAGGAGCUCAGGCAGAGGGAUGCUCUCAUUGAUGAGCUGGAGCUGGAACUAGAUCAGAAGGACGAGCUCAUCCAGAGAUUGCAGAAUGAGCUGGAUAAGUAUCGCUCUGUGAUCAAACCUGCAACCCAACAGGCUCAGAAACAAACUUCCAGCACCUUAGGGGAACAGAGGACCAAGAGGCAGGCUAUCUCAGCUGAGCCCACUGCUUUUGACAUCCAGGAUCUCAGCCAUGUCACUCUUCCUUUCUACCCCAAGAGCCCACAGUCCAAGGAAUUAAUUAAAGAAGCGAUCCUUGACAAUGACUUCAUGAAGAACCUUGAGAUUUCCCAGAUUCAAGAGAUAGUGGAUUGUAUGUAUCCUGUUGAAUAUGGCAAGGACAGCUGUAUCAUCAAGGAAGGGGACGUGGGGUCGCUGGUCUAUGUCAUGGAAGAUGGCAAGGUAGAAGUAACAAAAGAAAGUGUAAAGCUAUGCACCAUGGGACCAGGAAAAGUAUUCGGAGAGCUCGCUAUACUCUACAACUGCACCCGCACAGCAACUGUAAAAACACUUACAAAUGUGAAACUUUGGGCAAUCGAUCGACAAUGUUUUCAGACGAUAAUGAUGCGGACAGGGCUAAUCAAGCACACGGAAUAUAUGGAGUUUUUAAAAAGUGUACCAACAUUCCAGGACCUUUCUGAAGAAAUACUUAGUAAACUUGCCGAUGUACUUGAAGAGACUCACUAUGAAUGUGGAGAGUACAUUAUCAGACAGGGUGCUCGAGGGGACACUUUCUUCAUCAUCAGCAAAGGGAAGGUGAAUGUAACAAGAGAAGAUACGCCGGGUGAAGAUCCAAUAUUUCUCCGCACUUUAGGAAAAGGUGACUGGUUUGGAGAGAAAGCUCUUCAAGGGGAGGAUGUCCGAACAGCAAAUGUUAUUGCCGCGGAGGCUGUGAUGUGUCUUGUCAUUGACAGAGACUCUUUCAAGCAUUUGAUUGGAGGUUUGGAUGAUGUGUCUAACAAGGCUUAUGAAGAUGCAGAGGCUAAGGCAAAAUAUGAAGCCGAGGCCGCCUUCUUUGGUAAUCUCAAGCUAACGGACUUUAACAUCAUUGAUACUCUUGGUGUUGGGGGAUUUGGAAGAGUCGAGCUGGUACAGCUGAAAAGUGAAGAAUCCAAAACAUUUGCAAUGAAGAUCCUUAAAAAGAGGCAUAUAGUGGACACAAGGCAACAGGAACACAUUCGAUCAGAGAAACAGAUAAUGCAAGGUGCUCACUCUGACUUCAUUGUAAGGUUAUACCGAACAUUUAAGGACAGCAAGUAUUUGUAUAUGCUGAUGGAAGCCUGUCUAGGUGGAGAGCUUUGGACUAUUCUCAGGGACAGAGGUUCAUUUGAAGAUUCUACAACAAGGUUUUAUACGGCUUGUGUAGUUGAGGCCUUUGCUUAUCUGCAUUCCAAAGGGAUUAUUUAUAGGGAUCUCAAACCAGAGAACCUUAUUCUGGACCAUCGAGGUUACGCAAAGCUGGUUGACUUUGGCUUUGCAAAGAAAAUAGGCUUUGGUAAGAAAACAUGGACCUUUUGUGGAACCCCUGAAUAUGUAGCUCCAGAGAUCAUCUUGAACAAAGGUCAUGACAUUUCAGCAGACUACUGGUCACUGGGAAUCUUAAUGUAUGAACUUUUGACUGGCAGCCCCCCAUUCUCAGGUCCAGAUCCUAUGAAGACUUACAACAUCAUACUGAGAGGAAUCGACAUGAUUGAAUUUCCAAAGAAGAUUACCAAAAAUGCUGCUAAUCUAAUAAAAAAACUAUGCAGGGACAAUCCAUCAGAAAGGUUAGGAAACUUGAAAAAUGGAGUAAAAGAUAUCCAAAAGCACAAAUGGUUUGAAGGCUUUAAUUGGGAAGGUUUAAGAAAAGGUACCCUCACACCUCCUAUAAUCCCAAGUGUUGCAUCCCCAACAGACACAAGCAAUUUUGACAGUUUUCCAGAAGACAACGACGAUCCUCCACCUGAUGACAACUCAGGAUGGGACGUAGACUUUUAAUGCAUUUUUCUUACCUGCUUCUGCCUUGCUGAAGACAGCUUUCCUGAAACAUGGCUGCCAAUAGAACAAAAGAAAGAACUGGGGAAGAUUAAUGCUCGGGGUCACCAUGAUGCCUUGAUUGAUGCUGCUAUAGUAACUACAGUGGCAUUAGGACUUAUUGCUUAGUUCACAAAAACCCUUGUUAACAUACUUUUUGUUUUGACCUUCAAAAUAGCAGUCGACAUGGUGGUCCUGAAGCAAAGCCUCAUUCAAAACUAUAUGCUUUCUAAUAUUGCAGAGUUGACAAUUUACCUUUUGAACAGUAUAGUUUAAAAUGCAUUAGAACUGUACAUAUUUUGUAGCUAGCACUACCCAUAGGAAAAAAUAAUUUAUUUUGGUACAGUUGUCCAUGUUAGGUAGGGAUGCCUGUAUCUUUACAAGAGGGAUAUGCAGGAUAGCUCCUUUUUCUGCUGCCGUACUACAGAUCUCAUCAUCAUCUGGCUGGCUGGAGUUGAUGGGAUCAGUAGCUCGGUGGCAGCUAUUGGGUCGAAUAUGCAGGUUUCUCUUUUAAAGUGCAUAAAUGAUGACUUCCUGCAGGUCAGAGUAGAUAAGUGUGGAAAAUAUUUAUUAAUGUUUUACCCCAGCUUUGUCCUGCUGACAUAAUGCUCCCUCUUUUUAACGUGACAAUUAAAGUGUUCCCUAUGGUCCAUGGAAAUAACCGGUACCCAAUACAAAGGUUAAACUAGUAUUGAAAAGUAUUGAAGAAAUAGGCCAUGGUUGCCCUACAGUAUUUAACUUGGGUUUGGGGACUUUGGGGCUCGCCCUUAUACAAAAAGUUUUUCUACGACAGGUAGGAAGUGGUCAAGCGAUGAUCACUGACAGUACUGUAAGACCUUGAUAGGAAGAUACAUUUCCCUCUUGAGGGGUACACAGGAUAUCCUCCUGGAAUAUUGUAAGAAGUAGGCCCUGAUUACCCUACAGUAUUUAACUUUAAAGCUAGGCUCCCUCUUAUACAAAAAGUUGUUCCAGGAUAUGUAGGAGGUGGUCAUGCAAUGAUCACUGACAGUACUGUAGGACCUUGAUGUUGCCCUCUUGAGGGGUGCACAGGAUGUCCUCCUGGAAUAUUGCAAUGCAUUGUAGCGUUUAUAACCCCCUUUAAUUUUGUGAGAGCUACUGACAUCUUUAAGGCAUCUUCUAGUUGAUAAUAGGCUUUAUUCCCAUGGCUAUUGGUACAGCUAUAAAAAUGGCUGCCAAUGGUGUGUGUAAGCGGUAGAUAAACCAUAAUAAUCUGUAUGUUACAAAAUUUCCCCAGUAAAUCGCUGAAUUGGAUGUUUGUUUUUCGCACUCAUUGUGAGGACCACAAUCAUUUGGUCAUUUUUUUUGUUCAUGUCAAUCCAAUUCUUGAAGCUGUGUUUUUUUUGUUUUUGUUUUUUUUUUACUUAUGUUCAUGACCAGACUGAAUGUUAACCUCUCUUUUGUUAGAUUUUUAACAAUUCUAUUAAUAAAAAGCACAACUGUUGCAUAUGCUGUUAAAAAUGAUCAUGAAAGGGAUCGUAUUCAUUCAUCCAUCUUCAUUUACAGCAUUGAAUGUACUUAUAUUAGAGGUUCGAGGUUCGAGGUUCUCAAUUGGAAACGGACUAUGAUUUGUGACAUUAGA